UAGUUUAUUAAUAACUUUUGAUAAACAAAUUAUAAGUGAUUAGACACUGGUUUCUGACUAAUAAAAAAAAUAAUAAUAAUUAUGAACUGUCUAUUUUGGUCUCAAAAAUUAACAAAUGUCUUUGUUUUUCAUAAAAAAGAGUUUAACGUUUGGACCAAACCUGAGAUUAAACACAUACUGAAACAAAAGGGCCGGCAAUCAGAUUUUGAGAUCAAACACCAGUUGCUUAGCGAUGACUUUCUUGAGUUAAAAGUGAUGGACCAAUCGGUAGAGAUAAAGACUCAACAGAUUAUUAGUGGUAAAGUGGAAGAACUGAGAAAAUGCGAUGAAAUAUCCGAUAAUAAUAAGCAUUUGAAUGGACUGAACAAUGGAUCGCAUAUCAUGUAUCCGCACGAAGACGAAACCAAAUGGUUUUUACCGAAAUGUGACCGAAAAAAUGCUGAACGGCUACUCAAAGGUCGACGCGACGGGACAUUUCUGGUACGAAGUUCGGCCCAAUUGGAGGACAAGUAUGUACUCAGUAUUGUCAUCAAAGGUCACGUCAAACAUAUAGUUAUCCAGAAGUCAUCUGACGGUUACUUUUUGUAUAGCAAUCACAAACAUCCGACACUAUUCAGUUUAAUCAUGUUUUACGCCCAACCGUUUGACUAUCAAAUUAAUGUAUCGGUCGAGUCGUGUCAAAAUCUAUACUUUCCUGUAUUUGAUUAGAUUAUUUUUUUUUUAAUAAUCAAUACUUUAGUGUAUCAUUUUUUCCAAAUAAUAAUUAUUAUUAUCAAACAAUUAUCCAAAUAAUCAUUAAAAUGAGAAAAUAUAUUAUGUAUUGAGUUUCUCUCAACAUUCUAUUCAACAUUCAAAUUAUUUUUAUAUACCUAUAUAUUC